GCAAGUACUCUCAGUUGCUCCCCUAUGAGCUUAGACCAGGAACACAUCAAAAGACUCAUUUGCUUAAUUGACUCCACAGUAAAGCAGAGAAGGAAGGGCUACCCUUGCAAGGAACUCUCGCUUUCUACCAUGUCCUUAGCAGGAAUGAGGUGUCUGGUGACAGGAGCUGGUGGGUUUCUUGGUGAAAGGAUAGUUUGCCAGCUGCUGGAAGAAGACAGCCUAGCUGAGGUCCGAGGUUUGGACAAAGCAGUCAGCUCUGAGGCACUGCAGAAUUUUGGAAAAGUGAAGACUAAGACUCUCCUGACGCUCAUGCAAGGGGAUAUCCGUGAUGAGGCACUUCUUCAAAAAGCUGUCCAGGAUAUCACCCUCGUCAUCCAUGCAGCUUGCAUCCUUGACCCUAUGGGAGCUGUAGACACACACACACUCUGGGACGUCAAUGUCAGAGGUACACAGCUGCUGCUAGACACCUGCCUUCACAACGAUGUCCCGUAUUUUAUCUAUACCAGCAGCCUUGAAGUGACAGGUCCAAACACAAGAGGUGACCCCAUCUAUGAUGGUGAUGAAGACACAGUCUAUCAGAACACCAAAGGAUUUCUUUAUGCUGAGAGUAAGAAAGAGGCAGAGAAAUGUGUAUUAGCAAUGAAUAACCAAGUGCUGAAGGAUGGCAAGAGCUUUGUGACAUGUUCUUUGAGGCCCAUGUACAUUUACGGAGAGGGGAGUCCUUUUCUUCUGCAGCAUCUGGAUGAAAGCAUCCGAAACAAUAACGUCUUUUUGAGGCUCUCCAGGAAGGAGGCUCUUGUAAAUCCAGUCUAUGUAGGGAAUGCUGCUUGGGCUCACAUUCAAAUGGCUAAAGCCAUGGUGGACCCCCAAAAGGUCAAACAGGUCCAAGGGUGCUUCUAUUACAUCAGCGAUGAUACUCCCCACCUGAGUUACUCAGAUCUUAAUUAUGAGCUAACCAAGGAGCUGGGCUUUCGUAUUGAAUCCAGGUUGCCCAUGCCUCUGAUGAUGCUCUAUUGCUAUGCUCUGUUGCUGGAGACGAUACGCUUCUUACUCCAGCCUUUUGUGCGGUAUGUUCCCCACAUCAAUCAUCACCUUCUGACUUUGCUCAACACCCCAUUCAGCUUUUCUUACAGGAAAGCCCAAAGGGAUUUUGGCUACGUGCCCCGGUACAAAUGGAAGGAAGCCAAGCAGCAUACCAGCCAGUGGUAUGCUGAAGUAAUUCCACAGAGAACAGCUUUCCUGAAAGGCAACCACUGAACAGGCCACUGGAGCCAAAUACGAUGAGAUCUAUGACAGGAAGGGAAAACAGAGCACAAGAAAGUGUAAAAACUAGAUUGUGAAAAAACUGGAUUAAAAGAAACAUUAGUGGUU